AUGAAUCCCUCAGAGCCUCGGCUGGCAGCCUCAUCGAGCCAUGGCAGUAAGACCAACCACCAACACCCACCAGAACACCUCUCUGAAUUUUUUUCAUUCAUCAGCAAUACGAAAGGAAGCAAUGAGAGCCAGAAUUCUGGGGUCCCAGUUGCAUUACCGAGUGUAGCAGCCUCAAAUGCUAGCAGUAGCGGAGCUAGCGGGCACCGUGUGAUCAGAAGGACCUCCUUGAACACCAUUGAUACGUUCACAUCGUUUUCACCUUCGGUGCUAGACUUGCCCAACAUUUUGACUUCAAAAGACUUCGAGACGACCGUGUCGACAUAUAGCAAGGUGAUACUGAAGGCGCAGGGCCUCCAAAAGGCACUCGAUGAAGUUUCAAGGGCAACCAGUGAGUUUGGCCAGGCAUUAGAAGACUCCAUCAAUGAGAACCCCAAGAUUCAAAACCCAAGAUCUGUGCGUGAUGGGAUAAAUAACGCUGGCGGGCUCCAGAUCUUGAUCAGUACCAACCAGCAGAUCCUUGGACGGUUGAUUGGCGAAAAUUUUGAGAAACCUUUGAGGAGCGAGUUGGAGAAGUUGAAGUACGAGUACCAACAGAAUCAUAUCUACUACCAACAGGAGAUCAGAUCGAGGUCUAAGAUCUUACGGGAACAGGAGUUGAAGAAUAUCAAACUUUCCAAGCUGAAAACCAGAAAUAUUUCAGAGUAUAAGAACAAUCUUGUUGAACUUACCAAGCAAGUUGAAGAGAUCGAUAGGCUCAAGUACGGAUACUACCAUGAGAUCAACUUAAUGUUGGAGAAGUUCAACCAGGAUCAACUUUUAACAAGAACAGGAUCUCUUGUGCGGGCACAAUUAGAGAUAUAUGAAGGGAUCGCAAAGAAGGGUUGGUCUGGAGGUGGACUUGACGACUUAUUGUCGGUUUCCCCAGACUUGUUCACACAAGAUUCCGACCUUAGAGACCAGGCGAUACAGGAAGAAGAUGAAAACGAGUUGGAGCACCUUCACGGCAGUGAAAGUGAUAGAGAAGAUGAGGACACUGAACUUGCAGAUGCUGAUCGAACAUUUCAAUAUGAAGGCGACGCGGUGGAUACUAGCAGCGUGAGAGACUCCCCCAAUCCUGGAAGUCUCUUGGAGGAAUCGUCUCCCAGGGUGAUAGACCGAUCAAUGGAUGAGUCCUUUCUGCUCCCUGUAGUAAACAACUCCAAUUCCUUACUAGGAAUAAGACAUUCACAGCUGGACAAAAACGAACAGGAGAUUCCAGAGCAAGAUCAGUUGCAAGAAGAGGAAGAGGAAGAAGGAGAAGAGGACAAGGAUAAUCAGCUUCACCAUACAGAAAAUCUCCUCAGUGAAAUUGAAUAA